CAUCACUGCAGAAUAUGAGUAAUAUCAACAAAAUGUGGGUUUCUCUGAGUCUGCUCCUGGCUGCAGUCGGUGUGGCUCAAGCCUCAGCCUUCAGGUUAGCAUCCCUCCGGUCCAAAAGAAUGGUUGGGGGGACCCUGGCUCCUCAUGUCCCGUGGCAGGCCAUGGUCUACAUUGCUGACAGUGUGCUGGACGGAGGCUAUGCAGGCGGUGCUCUCAUCUCUGAGCGCUGGGUUUUGACGGCUGGCAGGAACCUGUUUGUCAGGAAGAGUCGACCGCACACUCAGGGUCAAGAUCCUGUCAUUCCUAAAGUUUACUUGGGAAUCACGGAGCGGGCAGAAGCUAAUGUCUCCAGAGAGGUUGCUGUGGUGAAGGUUGUUCUCCAUCCAGGCUUCCAGAACCAAUCGGAGUGGGACAACGACCUGGCACUGAUCCAGCUGAAGGAGCCUGUGGUUGAGAGCGAUAAAGUGUCCCCCAUAGCCCUGCCACAGAGCGGACAGGACCUGGCAGACACCGCAGGGUUGUCAGGCGUCAUCAGUGGCUGGGGCUGGGGGAUCCUUCUUACCCCGGCCACAUCACUCAAACACCUCGUAGUUCCCCUAGCCAAUCAUUCUGACUGUAAGGCAGAAUAUGAACAUAGCGAGCUCACACCAGUUGUAGACGACAACAUGUUCUGCACCGGACCCACCAGGUAUGAGGAGAACGUUUGUUUUGGCGAUGCAGGAGGCGCUCUGGCUGUCACAGAUGCUGAAACUGGGGACAUCUACGCUGCGGGGAUCCUUUCCUAUGACAAGUCCUGCAGGAGCUCCAAGUACGGCGUCUACAUGAAGAUUUCCUCGUAUUUGCCCUGGAUCCACAGUGUUAUCAGAGGAGAUACAGAGAAAUCACCUGUUCUGACCUAAGGUUACGUACUCAUGGCAGCCAUUGAGCUUCAGCCUCUGUUCUUUUGAUUUCAUAGAGAAAUCUUUUUAAUGUCUGUAAAUCUGUGAAUUCUAUUGAACGAUUAAAAAGGAACAAAUAUAUUAAAAUCCA